CCCCGCCUCUCUCUCUCUCUCUCUCUCUCUAUCUCUCCAACCCUAGCUGUCUUUCUCUCUCUGUCUCUCUCUCUGUCUGCGCGUGUUCGCCAUGUUGACCUCGACUCCGAGCUCCGCCGACCCGCCGGAGGGCCCGAGGACCCGGCCCUACGACCCGUACCGGGACCUCCACGCCCCGAUCAGGAGCCUCUACGACCUCCCCACCUCCCCGGAGUACCUCUUCCACGAGGAGGCCCUCAAGCCCCACCGCUCCUGGGGCGAGAACCUCCAGUACUACACCGGCUCCGGCUACCUCGCCGGCGCCCUCGCCGGCGCAGCCAAGGGCACCCUCGACGGGGUCAGGUCCGCCGAGCCCGGCGACACCCUCAAGCUCCGCGCCAACCGCGUCCUCAACGCCGGGGGCCAGGCGGGCCGGCGGCUCGGGAACUCGCUCGGAAUCGUCGGGCUGAUAUUCGCCGGGCUGGAGAGCGGGCUGCUCCAGUGGAGGGGCACCGACGACGUGUUGAACAGCGUCGCUGCCGGGUUGGGCACGGGUGCGCUUUAUAAGGCGGCAGCAGGGCCAAGAUCGGCAGCAAUUGCUGGGGCAAUUGGAGGGAUUGCGGCGGCGGCGGCAGUUGCUGGGAAGCAGGCUGUGAAAAGAUAUGUGCCAAUAUGAGACGUGAGGAAUUGCCGAAUUGUUUUUAAAUUAUGUUUUUUCAGUUGGAUUUGCGACGGUUAAAUUCAUAAAAUCACUGGUUACAUGGUGGAUGUAUCCAAUCUGCUGACUUGGCCAUUAUUCAUUGGUGGUGCUUACCAAUCAAUGGAAAUUUUGGGAA